CUAUGUUGUUUUUACAUCUAUUCGCCCUUUCACGGAUCGAUUUUCUGCAAGCAUAUGAAAACGUGUUCGCAAGUUUGUGGACAUAAGCGGUUGUUUUCAGCUUUAUCUACGAGGGCCAAGGUAUACUACUACUUUAUAAGUGGUAUACGUUGUACUGCUAUUUGUAUUAUACUAUUCCUGUAUAUCUGUUCACUUAGCAACUUAUCAACAGCAUUUAGUCUGCUAGGAAGUCGUGGACUAGGAAAAGCUAUAAAAGCUUCGCCAUUGAUCAAUGACCCAGUGUCAGCAGUAGUCGUGGGAAUGAUGGCUACGGUCGUCCUACAGAGUGCUACCACCACUACGAACGUACUAGUGGGAAUGAUAGCAGCUGAUAUGUUAACUGUGCACGAUGCUAUUCCCGUAAUGAUGGGCUCAGAAUUGGGUGGUACACUGGUUAAUGCGAUUGUCUCUCUAGCGUAUUCAGGAAAACCAGAGGAAUUUCGCCGUGCCUUUGCGGCUGCCACACUUGGCGAUGUUUUCAAUGUCUGCUGCAUCUUCAUUAUACUUCCUAUGGAACUCGCUACAGGUUUCAUCGAAAAGCUGAGUUGGAUAAUCGUGGAUCCAUUAAUCGCUGAACAAGGUAUAUCUCUAAAAACGCUCGACUUGUUAACGGAUCCAGUCAACCGUAUGAUACUGGAGGUGAACGAACCAGAAUUAAGAAACGCGACCAUAGACGACGAUUUCUUUCCACCUGAUCAUUCAUUCGUUCUUCGAUGUGUGUUCAAAAAUGGUUCACGACUUUAUAACUGUCCCUAUAAACACAUUUUUGCCUAUACGUCACUUUCGGAUUCAUUGAUUGGAUGGAUUGUUCUCGUAUUUUCCAUAGCAGUCCUAGUAUUGGUAUUACAGACGCUGCUGAAAGGCCCUUCGGCUAAAUAUGUUCGAGGUCUUCUUGCUAAAGAAUGCCCUGGAAGAUGGAAGUGUUGUACCAGCUACACUGUAAUGCUCGUUGGGCUGAUUAUAACAUUAAUCCAAUCUAACAACAUCUUCUCGUCAGCCCUAACACCACUGGUCGGAUCGUGUGUGAUAACCUUGGGACAAAUGUACCCUCUCAUCUUGGGAGCUAACAUUGGUGGAUCGUUCAGUGCGGUCCUUGCAGCCCUUACUGCGGAUGGAUCUCGCUUUGAGAAGACUUUACAAAUGGCAGUUUGCCAAGUACUUUACAAUGUCAUUGGUACGUUUAUGUUCUUUUUGGUUCCAUGGACGAGGACGUUACCUAUCUAUUUGGCAAGACGUCUUGGCGAAAUAACUGAUCAGUAUCGAUGGUUUAUAGUCGUCUUUAUUCUGCUGUUUUUCGUGCUCAUUCCUGCUAUUGUGGUCGGACUAACGUUACUCCCAGACUAUGUGAUCAUAGUUUUCUUCACAGCAGUAUUCAUCUUCAUUUUGUUGAUUAUUAUAAUCACAACUAUGCAGAAAUAUUGCCCCCAUGCACUACCGUCUCUUCUGCGAUCAUGGCAAUGGGUACCAGUAUAUCUGCGGUCACUUCAACCGUAUGAUCCUGUGAUGACGCCAUUCUUUACAUCCAUUCCAUUCGUUGGCGGAUUUUUCAAAAGUACAAAAGUUGAUAGUCAUAAUAAUUAUAGCGAACCUAUCCAUAAGAUGGUGAAGCUCAGCAAACAAACUCAGGUUUAA